UUCUGUUCCAAUUCAUCACCAUUCCGAAGCACCGUUCGACUCGAUGAUGCUAUAAAUUCCCAUGUACAACACUCACCCGGGGCAUUACAGUUGGUUGGUACCCAUUCGAGCCAUGUGGCCCCGGUUGAGAAAAUUCCUCGCCCCGGAACCGGAACUGCUCUCGUUCGGGUUGCAAAUGCUACGCUUCGUAGGUCUGUGGGGUGACCGGCGCCGCAUCGUACGCUAUCUGCUGGUGCUCCUCAGUGAGCUGAUGUUCCUGAUCGGGCCGAAAGCUCUACUCGGUUCCGGCAAGGAGGGCAUCGACUCGACCGUUCGCAACAUUGCCGAGCUGAUCUUUCUGGUUGAGGUUUGCAUUUCGAUUGGCAUUUUCGCCAGCCGACGGACCUCGUUCGAGCGCUUGAUGGCGAUUCUGGAGGAGAUUCUCCGCCGUAAGUGGCCUCAGGACCUCCAGGAUGAAAUUGAUCGCUUCCAUCGACGGAUGGAGUUCUUCGCUCGGGCUUAUGCGCUUUACAUUGGAUUUCUAGUGGUGCUGUUCUGCUGUGUUCCGGUUGGAUCAACCUUGGUCAAACUGGUCCGCUUUGACGAGUCGGAGAGAAGUGACUUUAUGCUGGUCGUUGAGCUACAAUUCUUUUGGUUCGACAUUCGACGGAACGCCUUUCAUUAUGCAAUCUACAUGAUGUUCUGUUUGGUGGCGGUGAGCUGCUCGGCCUACCAAAGCGUGCUGAAAGGGUCGAUCAUCGUGGUUGUGACUCAGUAUGGGUCCAAGCUGUUUGAACUGAUCAGUAAGCGUAUCGAAGCCAUGGCUAAAAUCCCAAAGCAAACAGACCGAGAUCGUGAACUUCGGGAGAUCGUUAAACUGCAUGGUUUGGCUAUGGAGUAUGUGCACCAUUUGGAGUCCACGAUAAGCUUUGUCAUGAUAAAUCAGAUCAUGAACUGUAUCCUAAUUUGGUGCCUGAUGAUGUUCUACGUCUCGACGAACUUCGGACCCAAUGCAGCGAACGUGAUGCUCCUGUUUCUGGUCCUGAUGGGCGAAAUGGUGGUUUACUGCUUGAACGGAACUGCUCUCAGCGAACAGGCGGCCGGUGUCAGCCACGCUAUUUACCAUUACCCGUGGUACACUGAGUCGGUGCAAAUGCAGAAACAUAUGCAGCUAAUCAUUCAGCGAGCUCAACGGCCAACCGGCGUCACGGCCGCCAAGUUUUACUAUGUCAACAUCGAACGGCUCGGGAUGGUCAUUCAGGCGUCCUACUCGUACUAUUUGAUACUGAAGAAAAGGUUUUAGAAAUCAGAUAAUUCGAUGGCUGUGACACAGAAAGGCUGAGUUUUGCCAACCAUGAACUAGGUGGCGGUAGUGAGCAAACGCGAAACUCGAACAAAACAGAUGCGAGCGCCACGGGUGGACUGUUGACCAACCAUCAAAUUUUUAAACUUAUCGUUAAACCAGCGAAUGGCUAGAAUCUAGGUUAGAGUCUAGGUUAGAAUGAUACGUCUGCUUGUCUGUGGAUGUGACAUGGGUGUAUAUUUGAUCUAGCAAACGUUUUUAAUAUCGUUAUGUAUUGACUGUUCCAGAAAUUAUAAACAUGCUUGGUUUGUUCAAUCUAACUGUUCACCAAGGACUUUUCUAUGUCAUCGAAGCUUCAAAAAAAAAAAAAAAAAAUAUGAAUUUAUUUGAGUUUCUUUUAGGAAUACAUUCAUCUUAGUAUUCUCUUAUU